UCGACGUACAGUAUUUGAGCUCUGCUGUCUUUCUCAAGCUGAGGGGAGGUAAAUGUACUCUCUCUCUCUCUCUCUCUCUCUCUCUCUAACACACACGCACACACACACACACACAUGAUCACACACACACACAAAACGCAAAGAGAAGCGAAUAUACAUACAUACACAUACAUUGUACAUCAUCAAGAGGCUGUCCUUCUCAAGCUCGGGUAGAAAGUAUUAACUCAUCAAGGGUUGUCCUUCUCUAAGUCUCAUGGUUUCCACUUGCAGAGAGAGGUAAAAGGAUGAAAUGAAUAGGAAAAAUUGAAACGACCCACGUCAUUCUCCUGCUUUAAUAGUCCAACCGGCCACCGUCAGGCCUAGUUAGGGUUGUCCAGUGCAAUUCAUAUUCACAGAUGUAUCCCUCAAACAGUAACAAUAUUGGCAGUGACCCUUUCUCCUAUUCUGACCAACCAUUUUUCCAGCAUCCUUUUCCAAAUCAUGACUUCAAUAUCAUCUGCAAUUCAAAACAAGGAGACCCAUCUCCUUUAUCCUUCUUCGGCCAAUACUUCUCUUCCCCUUUCGUAGAUGACGAUGUUUUCACCCAACAACACCAUGACCUGUUGUUUCAACAACAGCAAUCCUUAGCGAAAGCUGCUAAUAACACUGCCGGAGCUGUCACCAACAAUAUGGUGGAUUCCAACAAAAAUCACAUGAAUGGACAAAAAAUGGCCGAGCAGAUCCCGAGAAAACGAUCUUGCAAGAGAGAUCGGCACAGCAAGAUUAACACUGCGCGAGGCCCAAGGGAUCGGAGAAUGAGAUUGUCCCUUGAAGUUGCCCGCAAGUUUUUCGGCCUGCAAGACAUGCUAGGCUUUGACAAGGCAAGCAAGACUGUUGAGUGGCUACUCCUACAGGCAAAACCUGAAAUCAAGAAGCUAGCAAGAGAACUGAAGCGGAGUUGCAGCGUUAGUGUCAAGAGUGCUUCCUCUACUUCUGAGUGCGAAGUCGUGUCUGGCAUCGAUGAUGUCGCAAUUUCUUGUGAAAAUCAACAAGGAACGGCUUCAGAGGAGAAGCCCUCGACGUGUGCUGUGAAAGAGAAGAAGAUAAGGCAGUGUCGGAAGAGUGCAUUUCACCCUCUUGCUAGGGAGUCAAGGGAGAAAGCUAGGGCAAGGGCAAGGGAGAGAACGGAGAAACUGAGGCGACGGAGACUUGAUGAAUCAAAAUUAUGUGAAGAGGCGACCAACUGUGACUUGAGCCGGCUAGGUUCUUGGAGUACCUUUGAAACUGGGGAAGAAUCUGCUGGAACUCAAAGCCAUAACAUGAACCUUUCCUUGGAGGUGCCACCGCCUGAGGUUGAAGAAAGAAGCUCCCAUGCUCGAGAUCAUCAUGAUUUAGGGGCUGCAGAAGCCAUGGUUAAUGACGAUUCAUUUCUGAUUAUUGGAAGAUGGAGCCCAUCUAAUAAUUUGAUUUUCAAUUCUCUGAACAAUACUGCAAUUCCCCAAGAGCAUCAAUUUGCAGACUUUCAAUUCUUUGGCAAAUCGUGGCCGGAAGCCUGCAACAAUCAUAAUCCAUCAGACAAGGACAAUCUCUCGUAUGUCUGAUGUGUGGAAUGAAUAAACAUUAAUUUGCAGCAUGAUAUGUGGUGCAUGCUCUCUUUCCGUUUGAAAUGUAAUAUACAAAAUUACCCUAUUUGAUCAUUGUGCAAUUAAUCUUGUUUAAUACUAUGUUGUGAGUGAUUGUUGUGUCUUAAUUAUAAGAAUCUCAUGUUUCUUUU